AUGACAUUAUUGCAUGUGACACCAAAGGCCGGGUUGUUAGACUACGCUCUGGAAGCGGUACCCUUGCUGAUGAAGUCUAACAUUAUGUGGACUCUAAUAGCGUGCUUAUGUGCGUUGGCAAUUUCCGGAACCAAAUCCCAGUCAUUCUCGGAGCGCAGUUUGAGGCCUGAGAGCGCCGUUCUCGUGCAGUCUUUCCGAAAGUACUUGGCAGGGGUAGAAAGAAAAAGACGAGACGAACUAGAGCGUAAUGGAAGAGCUACCUCCAACUCAACACAAAAUCCAAUGAGCAGUCUUCUCUGUACCGAUAGGAAAGAUUGCGGAAACAUUAUUCAAAACUUUGGUCUCUAUCUGGAUCCCAAAUCAGCACUGCGCAUGUGUAAAACUGGCCCAAAGGGUUCCCAGCGAAUUCUUAUUCAGAGUAAUUACGAUACUUCCCCAUACUGCCAGUACCUGCAGUCCCACUUUAAUAUCUGUGAAAACAAGACGGCGGUAAUGGAAAUCGGGUGUCAGUUUACUUGUGAGAAAUGCAAAGUUUGCGAUGACGACGAGUGUAAAUGCAGCAAGUACUCCAAGGGAAAAUAUGUGGACGGACGCUACGUAUGUAAAUGUAACAAAGGAUUCCGUGGGGACGGCUUCACCUGCCUCAAUAUAGACGAAUGUAAAGAGGGGUUAGACGAUUGUCACGAUACACGAGCCCAUUGCACGGAUCUGACGCCUUUCUGGAAAUGUUACUGUAAGACAGGCUACAGUGGAGACGGGAAAACCUGUGAAGAUGUGGACGAGUGUGCCAAGAAGGCGUUCGCUCCAAAUAAAGAAUGUGACGAGUAUGCUAACUGUACAAACACAGUGGGCAGUUAUUAUUGUACCUGUAAAACGGGAUUCACCGGAGAUGGAUACUUCUGCAACGAUGAAGACGAAUGUAGAUUAGCAAAGGACUCGUGUGCUCGUGAUUCCUCUGACAACAGGAUAGCUCGCUGUACCAAUACGUUUGGUUCCUAUAAAUGCUCCUGUCAUGAAGGCUACAAGGACACGGGAAAAUCUUCAGACGGACGGCAGUGUGUUGAUCGUAAUGAAUGUACUGAAGGAGGUCACAAUUGUCACAAGAACGGCUUCUGUAAGAACACCAUUGGUUCCUUUACGUGUGGCUGUAACUCGGGAUAUGAAGGAGAUGGAGUGCGCUGUGUUUGGUCUAACCCAUGUCUUCAACUCAACAACAAUACCUGUGAUUCUAACGCCGAGUGUAUCGCUGAUCUGGAGCAUCAUAAUUACACCUGUCAAUGUAAUGAGGGAUACAGGAGCACUGGCAGCAAGCCUGGAAGAAAAUGUGACAACAUCAAUGAGUGUCUGGAGGGAACCCAUCAAUGUGACAAGAGCAGGGUGAGAGCUACUUGUACGGAUACAGUGGGCAGCUACAAAUGUUCCUGUAACAGAGGCUGGGAGGGAACUGGUUCUCCAAACUGUACUGACGUGAAUGAAUGCUUCGAUGAUACACACAACUGUGUAGGGUUAGCUAUGUGUGUGAAUACUCCGGGAUCCUUUAGAUGUGAAUGUCCCAAAGGUUACGCGUUGGCUGCAAACAAACGAAGUUGUGUUGAUAUUAACGAGUGUGCUCUAGGUACAGAUAAUUGUCAUAGUUUAGCGACCUGUAAGAACACAGUUGGUUCCUUUACCUGUACAUGCAAAGUUGGCUAUGAGGGAUCAGGAACAGUGUGCAGAGACAUAGACGAAUGCAAACGAGGACUAGAUAAAUGUGACGCACGUGCCACCUGUAUUAAUACCCAAGGCUCCUACACAUGUGCGUGUAGAACAGGAUUUGCAGGAAAUGGAUUCAAUUGUACAGAUAUUGAUGAAUGUAAACUGGGUACACACAAAUGCAACAAGACAUACACUACCUGUAAAAAUACAAUUGGAUCGUAUCGCUGUCAAUGCAACACAGGAUUUGAACCUGAUGGAAAUGAUUGCAAAGAUAUUAAUGAAUGUGGAAGAAACGUACAUUCGUGUUCGAAGUACGCUUCUUGUCGGAACACGUGGGGUUCGUAUCAAUGUCAAUGUCGAGUGGGAUUCUCAGGAAAUGGAUGGAGCUGUAGAGAUGAUGACGAAUGUGCAAAAGGAACAGACACUUGUCCUGAACCAAAGGAAGGAGUGUGUACAAACACAAUAGGAUCAUACAAAUGCUCGUGUAUCGCGGGAUAUGACUACAAAAAUAAUAAAUGCAUAGAUAUCGAUGAGUGUGUUCGAGGAAAUCACAACUGCAAAGGACCGUCUCGCUGUAAUAACACUAUAGGAUCGUUCAGAUGCGAAUGUCACACUGGGUAUGAACUUAGGGGAGGGAUAUGUGUUGAUAUUAAUGAAUGUGCAACAAAAAAAGACAACUGUGAUAAAACUCCGGGAUAUUCUACUUGUACGAAUACCGUUGGAUCAUACACAUGUCAGUGUAAUCCUGGAUUUGAAGGCAACGGAUUUGUUUGUAAAGAUAUAAAUGAAUGUGACAGAGGUAGCGACAGAUGUCAUGACAAAGCUGACUGUGCCAACACAAUCGGUUCCUAUAACUGUACAUGUAUAACGGGAUACGAGGGCGACGGAUUUAAUUGCAAAAAUAUUGAUGAGUGUGCAAGAGGGACACAUACAUGUGAUAAAAGGACUUCCCCUAAACGAGCAACUUGCACAGAUACGGCGGGGUCCUUUACCUGUAAAUGUAACACUGGAUUUGCUGGAGAUGGGAAAGUUUGCCGAGAUAUUGAUGAAUGUGACAAAAAUACACACAACUGUCAUCGCCCACAUGCUGAAUGUUCCAAUACGAUAGGAAGCUUCACUUGCAAAUGUAAGAAAGGAUUCCGAGGGGAUGGAUUCACAUGUAAAGAUAUUGAUGAAUGUAAAGAGAACACACAUAAUUGUCACAGACCCCACGCCAUGUGUGACAAUACUAUAGGUUCCUUUACAUGUAAAUGUAAGUCUGGAUAUAGAGGGGAUGGAUUCACGUGUUCACCCGUUAAACAUUGCCUGGAAGGUACAGAUGAUUGUAGUAAAUACGCCAAAUGUACAGAUCUUGCUAAAGGAGGAGAUUACAAAUGUGAUUGUAACUUCGGUUUCUUUGGCGGUGGAAAAACAUGUACUGGAAGUCGAGGAAAACGCUUUCUUGUUCUCUUCAUGAAAAAUAUAAUGGAUCCCACGCAAACAAGUCCUGGUCCAAAGCACGCACAGAUUUACAUUGCAUCCGUAGAUAAGACAGACCUCAAAGUUACUACAUCUGCCAGCUUGUCUUCCAAGUUAAAGACCAAGAUAGACAGGAGAGAAUCUAUGAAAUCAAAUUCUGAGAAGAUACUCACCAUACCCUUUGAAAUUCGAGUAAACGAUUUCCAAGUAGAAAACAGGGGAAUUAUAGUGGAAACGACUAAAACUACUUCGGUAUUCGCCCUGAAUCAUGACGGUUAUACAUCUGACAGCACUCUUAUCCUGCCAAUAGACAGACUGGGGACUAAGUAUAUAGUGCCAACAACAGUACCUUACGAUAGCCGCCACUCUGACUACAACAGCCAAAUAGCCUUUGCAGCAGUUGAAGAUCGAACACGUGUAACAGUUGUUCUAAAGCUUCCUAUAGGACAAUCCAUAAGUUAUCUUGGUAAGAGGUAUACGGACGGGGGCAGAAUCAUUGUAAAUUUGAACAAAUAUCAAACCUUCCAGCUUUCACAUAAUGGCGAUCUGACUGGAACCAGAAUUUCUUCAAGUAAGAUUGUUGCAGUUUUCUCUGGAAAUCGAUGUAACAAACUGAAUCGAUUCGGCUUCUGUAGUCAUUUGGUGGAGCAAAUCCCUCCAGUGGAAAGCCUGGAUACAACCUAUGUGGUUCCUCCACAUGUGGAGAGAAGUGGAACUCAUGUCAAAGUGGUGGCUGCUCACACUGGGUCCACAACCUUCUCUUACUCUGUAGACACAUCCAAAAAUACAACAACUAUAGGCACAUAUGGUAACUUUGAUAAAAUUGUUACUGGUAAACAAGCGGUUGUUAUCGAAGCUAAGCGACAGGUGCUUGUUUUGAGUUUUGGUCUUGGAGCAUUUAGGUCAAGGAACGGAGAUCCCUAUAUGACAAUGGUCCCUGGUGUUAACCAGUAUGUUCAUCAGUACCACAUCGCUGUGCCAGAUGGAUUUGAUAAAAACUAUAUUGCUAUAAUUGUGAAGAAAAGUUCAAAGAAAAACUUGCGAAUGGACAAUGCCAUCAUUAGUUCCUCGGACAUCGUGUCUGAGAGUUCUGUCAGAGUCGGAGGCACAGAGUAUAUCGCAAUGGCUGUCAGUACCACUAAAGGUGUGCACCGAGUAGAGACCACAGACAAAUCCCUAUUUGGUCUUAUGGUUUAUGGUCACGGGCGUGAUGAUGGAUACGGUUUCGCUGCUAACAUUCUUGGUCCUGGGAAAAUCUACAUAGACGAAUGCAAACGAGGACUGGAUAAAUGUGACUCUCGGGCUACCUGUACUAACGCCCCAGGUUACUAUUCAUGUGCUUGCUUGAAAGGGUUCAAAGGAGAUGGAUAUAACUGCAAAGACGUUAAUGAAUGCAUUCAAGGCUUACACAACUGUGUGGGGUUAGCUCUGUGUGUGAAUACCCCAGGAUCCUUCAGAUGUACCUGUCCCAAAGGUUAUGAGUUUAAUGUAAACAAAUACAGUUGUGUUGAUAUUAACGAGUGUGCUCUGGGUACGGAUAAUUGUAAUGGUUUAGCGUAUUGUUCAAACACAAACGGUUCCUUUAUCUGCACAUGCAAAGCUGGCUAUGAGCGAUCAGGAACAGUUUGCAAAGAUAUAGACGAAUGCAAACGAGGACUGGAUAAAUGUGACUCUCGGGCUACCUGUACUAACGCCCCAGGUUACUACACAUGUGCUUGCAGGAAAGGGUUUAAAGGAGAUGGAUAUAACUGUAAAGACAUGAAUGAGUGUAAACGGGGCUUACAUUCCUGUCAUCGCAUACAUGCAGAGUGUUUAAACACAUUUGGAAGCUUCAAAUGUAGGUGUAAGAAAGGAUUCAAAGGAGACGGUUACACAUGUACAGAUAUUGAUGAGUGUGCUCUGGGAGUAGACACCUGUCAUAGCGAUGCUGUGUGUAGGAACACAAUUGGUUCGUUUACCUGUACAUGCAAACCUGGAUUCACUGGCACGGGAAAAAACUGCUCAGAUGUUGAUGAAUGUGCUACAAAAACGAACAAUUGUGAUAAAACUCAAGGAUAUUCUAUGUGUACAAAUACCGUUGGAUCAUAUUCAUGUCAGUGUAAUUCUGGAUUUGAAGGCAACGGAUUUGCUUGUACAGAUAUUGAUGAAUGUAAAGAGAACACACAUAAUUGUCACAGACCCCACGCCAUGUGUGAAAAUACUAUUGGAUCCUUUAUAUGUAAAUGUAAGUCUGGAUAUAGAGGGGAUGGAUUCAAGUGUUCACCCCUUAAACAUUGCCUGGAAGGUACAGAUGAUUGUAGUAAAUACGCCAAAUGUACAGAUCUUUUUAAAGGAGGAGAUUACAAAUGUGAUUGUUACUUCGGUUUCUUUGGGGGUGGAAAAACAUGUACUGGAAGUCGAGGAAAAAGAUUUCUUGUUCUCUUCAUGAAAAAUAUAAUGGACCCCACGCAAACAAGUCCUGGUCCAAAGCACGCACAGAUUUACAUUGCAUCCAUAGAUAAGACAGACCUCAAAGUUACUACAUCUGCCAGCUUGUCUUCCAAGUUAAAGACCAAGAUAGACAGGAGAGAAUCUAUGAAAUCGAAUUCUGAGAAGAUACUCACCAUUCACUUCGAAAUUCGAACAAACGAUUUUCAAGUGGAAAACAAAGGAAUUAUAGUAGAGACGUCUAAAACUACUUCGGUAUUCGCCCUGAAUCAUGACGGUUAUACAUCUGACAGCACUCUUAUCCUGCCGACAGACAGACUGGGGACUAGGUAUAUAGUGCCAACAACAGUACCUUACGAUAGCCGCCACUCUGACUACAACAGCCAGAUAGCCUUUGCAGCAGUUCAAGACAGAACACGUGUAACAGUUGUUCUAAAACUUCCUAUAGGACAAUCUAUAAGCUAUCUUGGGAAGUGGUAUACGGACGGGGACAGAAUUGUUGUAAAUUUGAACAAAUACCAAACCUUCCAGCUUUCACAUAAUGGCGAUCUGACUGGAACCAGAAUUUCUUCAAGUAAGAUUGUUGCAGUUUUCUCUGGAAAUCGAUGUAACAAACUAAACCGAUUCGGCUACUGUAGUCAUUUGGUGGAGCAAAUCCCUCCAGUGGAAAGCCUGGAUACAACCUAUGUGGUUCCUCCACACAUGGAGAGAAGUGGAACUCAUGUCAAAGUGGUGGCUGCUCACACUGGGUCCACAACCUUCUCUUACUCUGUAGACACAUCCAAAAAUACAAAAACUAUAGGCACAUAUGGUAACUUUGAUAAAAUUGUUACUGGUAAACAAGCGGUUGUCAUCGAAGCUAAGCGACAGGUGCUUGUUUUGAGUUUUGGUCUUGGAGCAUUUAGGUCAAGGAAUGGAGAUCCCUAUAUGACAAUGGUACCUGGUGUUAACCAGUAUGUUCAUCAGUAUCAGAUCGCUGUACCAGAUGGAUUUGAUAAAAACUAUAUUUCAAUAAUUGUGAAGAAAAGUUCAAAGAAAAACUUGCGAGUAGACAAUGCCAUCAUUAGUUCCUCGGACGUCGUGUCUGAGAGUUCUGUCAGAGUCGGAGGCACAGAGUAUAUCGCAAUGGCUGUCAGUACCACCAAAGGUGUGCACCGAGUAGAGACCACAGACAAAUCCCGAUUUGGUCUUAUGGUUUAUGGUCACAGUCGUGAUGAUGGAUACGGGUUCGCUGCUAACAUACUUGGUCCUGGGAAAAUCUAAC